CGUUUAUCACAUGCACCACCGGACCAGCAAAAUUUUGAAAAUUGAUUUAUUUUAAUGAGAAUUGGUUGAAAGAAGUUUCUUUUUACUCAAAUAAUGCUUUAAAUAAAAAAAAGAAUUAAAAAUUUGAAAAAUUAAAAAAAAAAUUAAACCUAAGCAGAGGAGGAUCCCGUUUCAUGUCUUUGUCGAUCAGACUAGCCCGCUUGUUCGCUUAUACAGGUUUGUUAGUUAGGCAGAGCAGGAACGAAAUGAGUCGUUAAACGAGCUGACUCCUAAUAACGACUCAUUCACUCUGAGUUGACUUACUGAAAUGAGUUGUUAUUCUCAUCUCUAAUUUCAACUAGCAAACUGAUUCAAAUUUAGCACUAGCAAAAUUAGUCAUGAAAACGUACCGUGUAGAACACACACAGCGGUACCGUACGUUUGGAUCGUUUGGAAAUUUCCAACCAAAUCGGAUCAAGGUUCCCAAGAGCGAUUCAUCAUAAGAGAAAGAGACAGACUCUGACAGUAGCAAAGAAUCUUUUCCUUUUUUCCUCGAUUCUCAUUCCAGAGUUGUACAAACUCGAUCGCUUUAACCCCCGUUUUCUCGAGACUCUGCUUUAUCUUUGUUUGGUUUACGUAAAACCAGACCAGUGGAUGUGUUUCUAUCAAUGGCAGUCUAUUAAACCUCACGCGGCUCAAUCGUAUCAUUUCGUUUCGGAUUGUUUUUUUUUGCACAGCGUCCCGAUACAGCCUAUCUCUGUUCCGGUGUCCGUCAUUGAUAAACUCGUAAAACAACAUUAUCAACACAUUAAAGUGGGCCGAAUUAUGAUCAACGGCGGUAGAUAAUCAGAAGCACAGAAUGCAUGUGACGAUUCACCUAAUAAAUGAACACAUCCCGCCUGGUUAAGGUUUCAGUGUCGAAAACGCAACGAAACUGUGCGUUAGUGCGAUGAAACAAACAUUACCAUUUCUGGAAGGCAUCGGGGCCUUCUUGCUGUUGUUGCUGUUAGUGUGUCCUAGUGGUGGCACGGCAGAUCUUAUAACGUUUCCGAUUGAUGCAAACGACCAUGCCGUCGAAUCGGUUUGUGUUGGUGUGAACGCUGGGAUCUUCCCGCAUCCGGAUCGGACCCUCUGUCAUGUGUACAUCUCGUGCACUUUUGAGCAACCGAUUGUCUACCAGUGCGCUGAAGGAUUAGUCUUUGAUCCGUCCUCACUUCGCUGCAUUCCAGGCGAUCGAAAUGAAUGUGCGGAAAGAAAUGAACCGGACUGGAAUGAGGUGUGCGCGGCUGUUUCGUAUGCGUUCUACGCCAACCCGAACGUGUGCUGGGAGUUUGUGUUCUGUUCAUAUGGCACGGCUAACCGAUUCACCUGUCCGAUCGGUGAGAUCUGGUCGCAAAAGGAUGGUGCCUGUCUAUCGGGUGAUCGGGAAACCUGUGAGGUGCUGGACGUUGGGAACCUCUGUCAAGGUCGUCCCGAUGGUGUAUUACCACAUCCGAUCGUCUGUACGAGCUUUGUACAGUGCACAAACGGUGUAACUGCAGUGUUGGAGUGCCUGCGCGGAGAAGUGUUCGAUGAAACCCUGGGACGCUGUAUAGUGGGCAACACCGACACCUGUCAAUCGACUGGAGAUUUAUGCCGUGGAGUAGCCAACGAUCUUCGACCACAUCCGAACGAGUGUCAUUUGUUCGUGUUCUGUUCGCUCGGCGAAGCCUCGGUACUGAUCUGCCCACCAAAUGAGAUCUUCCGUCCAGAUAUAAGAUUUUGUGUUCCGGGCAAUCGCGAUACGUGCGAGUUCAGCAAUGUGGAAACGGCAUGUAUUGGACGUCCACCAGGUGUAGUACCUCAUCCAACGUCAUGCGAACUUUAUCUUUCGUGCAACAACGGUGUAUCCACCGUCAUGAGCUGUCCUGCUGAUACGAUCUUCAACCCACAAACUGGUGCCUGUGCCAUCGGUGACCGUGAUACCUGUGUCGUGACCGAGGGCCUUUGUGUACUGCAACCGGAUGGUACUGUGCUGGAGCAUCCAACCCGUUGCGGAAUGUUUAUCAUUUGCCAGGGAGGCAAUGCUGCAGUGAACCCUUGUCCACCAGGCGAGAUCCUGCGUGUUGAUGCACAGUUCUGCGUUCCAGGCAACCCCGACACCUGCGAACGGUUCCCACUGGAAACGAUGUGCGAUGGACGAGAUGGUGGUCUCUUCUUACCACAUCCAACGGACUGUACGCGAUUCAUCUUGUGUCAGCUAGGAGUUGCUACAGAUAAUGGAUGUGAACCAGGAAAUAUUUUCAGCGCUCCAGCACAAUCCUGUAUACCGGGCAACACACAAACUUGCACUCCGCUUACUGGCGUGUGUGCCAAUCAACCCGAUGGAACUGUACUGCCACAUCCCGACCGUUGUGACUUCUUCAUCUGGUGCACGGAAGGUGGACCGACUGUUAACCCAUGUCCUAUUGGAGAGAUCCUUCGACCGGAUGCCCAGUUUUGUGUGCCUGGAGAUGCAAACACUUGCGAACUCACUCCAAUCGAUCUAAUGUGCAUCGGCCAACCGGAUUCCAUACGUUUCCCUCAUCCUACUGAUUGUGCACUGUUUCUGUCGUGCCAGGGACAAAACGCAGUCGUCCAGGCCUGUCCAGCUGGUAGCAUAUACAACGCACAAGCACGCUCCUGCGUUCCUGGCAAUCAGGCCACUUGUGAGCGGUUUGAUAACAUCUGUGUCGGACGUCCUGACGGCAUCAUUCCUCAUCCUACCAUUUGUACGGCUUACAUCUAUUGCGCUUCAAACGUAGCAGUAUUCGAACAGUGUUCUCCAGGGUACAUAUUCGACGAAGUACUAGGCGGCUGUGUGGUUGGUAAUACAAACACAUGUGUUCCUGCGGACGGUUUGUGCGUAGGACAACCGGAUGGAACAAUUCUCGAACAUCCAAACGAGUGCGAUCUUUACAUCCUAUGUGUGGCUCAGCUAUCCGCUGCGCUACGAUGUCCACCAGGUGAGAUCCUCAACGUUGAAGCACAGUUCUGUGUACCAGGCAAUGCGAACACCUGCCAAUUCCACCCAGUUGAAACCAUGUGUCAAAACAUGGCUGACGGAGCGAUUUAUCCUCAUCCGAGCGAUUGUUCUCUAUUUGUCUUGUGUAAUGCUGGACAAGCAAUUGUAAACGAUUGUCCAGCAGGAGAAAUUCUACACCCUGCGACCGGCGAUUGUAGACCUGGCAAUACGGACACCUGUGAGUUCAUCGGCCAUAUUUGUCAGGGUCGUCCAGAUGGAUGGGUAAUAGAGCAUCCGAACCUCUGUGGACAUUUUAUCUGGUGUCAGGACGGAGAAGUGCAGGUUCAUUCGUGUCCACCAGGAGAAAUCCUCCGACCAGAUGCUCAGUUCUGUGUGCCGGGAAAUCCAUCUACAUGUGAGUUUGAGCCCGUUGAACGGAUGUGCCUCGGCGUACAAGACGGAACUAUAUAUCCACAUCCAACCGACUGUCAGCUGUACGUUCGUUGCCAAGACUCACAACCAGUGGUGGAGAACUGUCGUCCCGGAACUAUCUUCCAAGCGACGAGCCAAAGUUGCGUAGCUGGCAAUGGGAAUACCUGCUCAUUCCUCGAUGGUACAUGUGUUGGUCGUCCUGAUGGAGUACUUCCUCAUCCACAGGGCUGUGAACUGUUCCUCAUAUGCACCUCCGGUACUACGUCCGCUCUGCGCUGUCCAGAAGGAGAGAUCUUGCAUCCCGAGUUCCUCGUAUGCGCCACCGGUAACGCUGAUGAUUGUACAUUGGCACCGGUUACAACCGAACCUCCUAUCAUCUCGGUGUGCGAAGGACGACCUGAUGGAAAUUACACUCAUCCUCUGCUUUGUUAUCUGUUCAUUCGGUGCACCAACGGAGAUACGGAGAUCCUAUCUUGUCCGCCGAACCAGAUCUUUGUUGGAGCAAUUCGAGAUUGCGCUCCGGGUAAUCAGGAGACCUGUAUACCGUUGUAAAACGGCUAGAAA